GGGUUCGGAACGCGUCUCCACCUCGCGGUAUAAAUAACGGUGCGCGCGCAAACAGAGGAGCGCAGAUCCUGCAGCACCAACACACACAACGCGUUUACGUUCUUGUAAGAGCCGGACUCGAUGAAGAUGAGGGUGUGCUGGUCUUUGCUGGGCCUUUCCCUCCUCUACAUUUCUGCUGAGUGUCUGCUUCCACCCUCCGAGCAGGAUCUCAAACAGAUCUCCCAGGCUGGAGAGAAGUACGUGGAUACUGAGAUCCAGAAUGCCAUAAACGGCGUGAGAGAGAUGAAGACCGUGAUGGACAGGUCAGAGGAAGACCACAAGAAGUAUCUCUCCACCCUGGAGAAAACCAAGGAGCAGAAAGAGGAUGCUCUGAAGGAGGCCCAGGAGAUGGAGGAGAAGCUGAACGAGGAGCAGAGCGUCUGUAACGAGACCAUGAAGGCCUUGUGGGAGGAGUGUAAGCCGUGUCUGAAGAACACGUGUGUUAAAUAUUACUCACGCACCUGCAACAGUGGCUCCGGUCUGGUGGGCCGACAGCUGGAGGAGUUUCUGAACCGCUCCUCGCCCUUUUCCAUCUGGAUCAACGGUCAGAACAUGGAGACUCUGGAGAGAGAAGACGAGCAGCAGAGGCAGCAGUUUCAGGACCUGGAGAGGCGCUACGUCGACGUGGCCGAUGGGGUGGACAGCAUGUUCGAGGACAGCAUGAAGGUGUUCAGCUACAUGCGCUCCCUGCACCAGCCCUUUUUCUUCAACCCCUUCCACAGGAUCUCCCGCCUCCAGAGGUCCGUCUUCCAGGAGCCACAGUUCCACAACAUGUUCCGGCCCAUGAUGCAGAUGACUCAGGGUGUCUUUGGGUCCUUCAUAAAUGGAGAUGUGGACUUUCCAUCUGAAGAUGGCGACACGAAUGAAGACGUCAUCAUAACCAAACCGUUCGGAAAUGAUAAAAUGACCUGCAGGGAAAUCCGGCGCAACUCGGCCGGCUGCGUUAAGCUGCGAGAGGAAUGUGAAAAAUGCAAGGAGAUUCAGCACAUCGAUUGUUCUGGAAGGAAGCCUCUGGAGGGGCCGCUGAAGGAGCAGCUGGAGGAGGCUCUGGCUCUGGCUGAAAAAUACACAAAGAAUUACGACAGUCUGCUCAGGCACUUUGAUGAGGAAAUGUUUAACACCUCCAAACUGCUGGAGACUCUGAGCAAGCAGUUCGGCUGGGUGUCUUCACUGGCCAACCACACCACCAGUAAAGACGGCAUCUUCAAUUUCAAGACAGUCAUCUGCAAGGAUAACGAGGACUCGGAGAAGCCAAGUGACACCAAAGUGUCAGUUAAACUGUUCGACGAGCCAGAAAUGAACUUCACCAUCCGAGGGGACAUUCCUUGGACUGAUCCCAAGUUCUCUGAGGUGGUAGCACAGGAGGCUUUGGAUCGUUACAAGCAGAACUCUGUAGUUGUGAAGUAGACGUGAAGGAGACCUGGAAGAAACGACCGAAGCCGAUGGAAAACGUUCUGCAUUAGCAUCUCACUGCAUACAGACAGCUGUUGUAGAGUUUAGUGUGAUGUCCUCUGUCCUGCUUAUUCCUGCUGUAUGAUCCAAAACUACAGUAGUCAAUGAUAUCCUGACCUUUCUGUGUGGAAAAAGUGCUUCCAAUUACCUUUGAAAAGCUGCACACUGAGAAAUGAUAAUAAAACCUAUGAAUGAGA